AUGGUGACUCUUCUGCUAGAGCAGGUCCCGAAUUUCAAGGGAACUUGGUUCGAAUGUCUGGGGGACCUAGCGCGCUAUCGUAUGGCAGUGAAGGAUACAGAUGUCACGGUCCGCGAUGUAUGGGCAGAGGUUUCUAGGUAUUGGUACAAUCAGUAUCUCGAUCAACGUUCUGAACCCGGCCGAAUCCAGCAUCACCUUGCCGUCCUCUCUCGCUCGGAUACUUUGCAGCGGUUCUUCUACUACUCGAAAGCAUUGCUCAGCGUGGACCCAUUUGCAAAUGCGCGUGAGAGCAUGAUUCAGCUGUUCAACCCUAUCCUAAGUGCACCCGCUGACAGACACACACUCACCACUUCGUUUGUGGAUGCCCAUGGUGUUCUUUUCUUGCGCAUGCCAAGUGAGCAGUUUGAUGCUCAGUCAAAGUUCCUCCUUGUGAAUCUUCGCCAGGAGGUUAGCUGGUUAGCAAUAUUGCAAUAUGGGGAAGAAAAUGGAGCUUUCGCUGCGGACUUCGUUCACGAUCCGAGUACUUCCACUACAGACGCCUAUGUCAAUACCAAGCAGUGGGCAUCCACAACAGCACCUAUCGACUUAAACAGACAUUGCUACACCGACUUCUCAUCUCAAUUUGCAUUCCGUGCCAGCUCUCUCGCUUUCCACACCCUGAUCGUCAUCCUUGGCCAAGCCAGCGAGCCAAGUAUGCACCCAGCCUUGCAUGACUUUUGGCAUUCCUGUGGUGCCUCUCACUCCAUCCAACAGCCAUGCAACGACUCGAGCCGCUAG